AAGGUUAAAUCUUUGAAACUCUCUUCUCUGGUCUGCUGACAUAUACUUCAAAUCUCUCUUUGACCGUCGUACGCCUCUCUCUCUCUCUCUCUCUCUCUCUCUCUGCUUAUAUAAAUCCACGCAUUCACAGGCCUGUAUAUAUAUAUGUAGUUACACAGAGAGAGAGAGAGACACGCAGUCGCGGAAAAAUCAGUUUUGGGUUUUCUCCCCUCAUCACCGUCCUUCGCCGUUGUUGCAGAGAGAGAGAGAGAGAGAGACUCUCAGUCUUUUGCUGCAGAUUUUGAUUCAAUUACAAAGAGCUUUAGAGUCUUUCCUUCACUCAUCUCUUUUGUUUCAAAUUUCCAAGACCUCUGAUCCGACGGCCACGAUCUUCUACCACGCCUUUUUCUACUAAGCAAGUUGCAUCUUUCAUGUCUGAUGGAGCCUAAUGGCCAUAGGAGAACGAGGAGGAAGGAUGGUUAUAUUCAAGAAAAUGGUGACACGAGUCAGUCAAAUGUAGGCGAAGAACUGGAUCCAUGGACUGCAUGGGCAUACAAGCCUCGCACCAUUUCAAUGUUACUUAUUGGUGCAUGUUUUCUUAUUUGGGUAAGUGGAGCCUUAGAUCCCGAAAGCAGUGCAUCUGGAGACCUUGUUGCAUCUGUAAAAAGGGGUGUAUGGGCGAUGAUAGCAGUUUUUCUUGCUUAUUGCUUGCUCCAAGCCCCAUCUACGGUUCUUAUCAGACCGCAUCCUGCAAUUUGGCGGUUAGUUCACGGAAUGGCUGUUGUUUACCUAGUUGCUCUUACAUUUGUACUUUUUCAGAAGCGUGAUGAUGCUCGGCAGUUCAUGAAGUUUCUGCAUCCUGAUCUUGGUGUUGAACUCCCGGAAAGAUCUUAUGGUGCUGAUUGUCGUAUAUAUUUGCCUGAUAAUCCUAAAAGCAGGUUUAAGAAUGUUUAUGAAACACUUUUUGAUGAAUUUGUUGUCGCUCAUAUAAUUGGGUGGUGGGGAAAAGCUAUAUUGAUCCGUAAUCAGCCCCUUUUGUGGGUGCUUUCAAUUGGAUUUGAGUUGAUGGAGCUUACCUUCCGUCAUAUGUUACCAAAUUUCAAUGAAUGCUGGUGGGAUAGUAUUAUUCUUGACAUUUUGAUCUGCAACUGGUUUGGUAUCUGGGCAGGAAUGCAUACUGUUAGGUACUUUGAUGGAAAAACAUACAAGUGGGUCGGUCUAAGUCGUCAACCCAAUAUUAUUGGAAAAGUGAAACGAACUCUGGGACAAUUUACACCAGCUCAGUGGGACAAAGAUGAGUGGCAUCCAUUACUUGGUCCAUGGCGUUUCGUUCAAGUCAUCACUCUUUGCAUAGUAUUCAUGACUGUAGAGCUUAAUACAUUCUUUUUAAAGUUCUGUCUAUGGAUUCCUCCCCGCAACCCUGUGAUUGUAUAUAGGUUGAUCUUGUGGUGGCUAAUUGCAAUUCCAACAAUUCGCGAGUACAAUUCAUACCUUCAAGACCGGAAACCAGUGAAGAAGGUUGGAGCAUUUUGUUGGCUUUCUGUUGCUAUUUGCAUUGUUGAACUUCUCAUUUGCAUCAAGUUUGGACAUGGAUUAUAUCCGAAACCAAUGCCAUUAUGGCUGGUAGUGUUUUGGAUGUCUGUUGGAGCGGCACUUGUAAUAUUUUUGAUUGUUUGGUCUUGGCAAUUGCAUCGAACUCUAGGGAGAAAGAGGCGAUGAUUGUUCCGUCGUGGUACUUCAUUCUUUGAAUUGCUUCCUCAAGGGUAUCAAUCCAUGUUGUAAAUGCUUAUCACUUUUAUAAAUUAUAAUUGUACAUUCUGAUUCUCUUAGAUUAGUGGAUCACAGUUCCUUGAGUAGAGAAUAUUUAUUCUUUCUUGCUAGGCAGUGGAAAAGGAAAAUACUUUAAAGGCUCGUGAAUUACUGGUUGCCACAAUUACUGGCAGAUUUGACCCAAGUCAAAGGACGAGUCAUUUUGAACUACAGAUUCCCUGAUGUUGUAUUCUUUAGUUUUUCUUUCAUCAUUUUAUAAAGUCACUUUUUGUAAUAAUAUACCACAUGAGUUAAAUUUCCCAUAUAUUAAUAUGGCACUUAUUUUCA